AUGAUGUUAGGAAACCACUGGGGAGGAUCAUUUGAGAUUCAACAAGAGCCAGGCACUGAUGAUGAUCACAGCCAGUGCAUGGAUACUGACAGAGGUGCUCUGCUUAGACAUAACUUAGACGAGAUUCAGUUAGGCUGGCUCCGAGGCCCUCAGGACAUCAAGCAGCACAAGUACGUGGACUUAGGAUGCAUUCUUUGCAAGCAAAAGGUGCUCAAAUGGAUUAUAUACUGCACCUUGAUCACUUUCAUUGCCAUUGGACUUCCCAUCAUUAUUUCUAAAAAGCUUCUACCCAAGCACAAGGAGCCAGUCCUUCCACCUGAUAAAUAUGCCAUUGCCCUGAGCAAGGCCCUCCUCUUCUUCAAUGCACAAAGAUCUGGCCAGUUGCCAAAGAACAAUGGUGUGCCAUGGAGAGGGAACUCUGCCAUGAAAGAUGGCUCAGAACUUUCAGAUGUGAAAGGAGGUCUGGUUGGUGGGUAUUAUGAUGGAGGGGAUAACAUCAAGUACCAUUUCCCAAUGGCUUUCUCCAUGACACUUCUCAGCUGGUCAGUGAUAGAGUACAGUCACAAAUACAAAGCAAUUGGAGAGUAUAACCAUGUCAGGGAUAUCAUCAGAUGGGGCACUGACUACUUGCUAAAGACCUUCAAUUCCUCUGCUUCCUCCGUUGAUCAUAUCUACACUCAGGUGGGAAUGGCAGUGGAGUUCUCAACCAGUCCAGAUGAUCAUUUCUGCUGGCAAAGGCCAGAAGACAUGAGCUAUGUGAGGCCAGUGCAGCGGAGCUCCUCUGCAUCUGAUCUAGGUAGCGAAAUCUCUGCUGCUCUCGCUGCUGCCUCAAUAGUCUUCCUCGAUGACAUCGCCUACUCAGAAAACCUCAUCAAGGCAGCUGAAACAAUAUACAAAUUUGCCAACAAUUAUCCACAAGCAGCAUACUCUUUGAACAAUCCAGUCAUUGAGCCUUUCUACAACUCCACUGAUUUCUGGGAUGAGUUCAUCUGGAGUGGCGCAUGGAUGUACUAUGCCACUGGCAACUACAGCUAUGCCACAGCUGCAACAGACUCAAAUCUUGCUGCUAAUGCAAAUGCCUUCUCAGGGUUUCAGAAUUUAACUAUGUUCAGUUGGGACAACAAGCUACCAGGUGCUGAACUAGUCCUUACCAGGCUCAGAAUCUUCUUGAAUCCUGGCUAUCCUUAUGAGGACAUUCUCAGCAGAUACCACAGCUCCACAGACCUGAACAUGUGUUCUUUUCUCCGAAGAUUCAAAGUUUUCAGGUGGACUCCAGGGGGAUUGAUUCUGCUAAAGAGACCAAGACCAUUGCAGUAUGCAGCAAAUGCCGCAUUCCUUGCUAAUCUUUAUGCAGACUAUAUGAAUGCUUCAAAUGUUCCUGGAUGGUAUUGUGGCCCAUACUUCAUUUCUGCAGAUGAUCUCCGAAGUUUUGCUGCUUCUCAGGUGAAUUAUAUCUUGGGAGCAAACCCUAAGAACAUGAGUUACGUAGUAGGGUACGGAUAUGCAUGGCCCAUGCACGUACAUCAUCGUGGAGCAUCAACGCCAAGAGAUGGCAAGCAUUAUGGGUGCAUUGAAGGAAGGAAAUGGCUGCAAAAUAGAAACAAGAACCCUAAUAACAUCACAGGGGCCAUGGUGGCCGGACCGGACCACGGCGAUGGCUUCUCCGAUAUGAGGACAAACAUGAACUACACGGAGCCGACACUCGCUGGCAAUGCAGGGCUUGUUGCUGCUCUGGUGUCACUGACGAGCAGCGGCGGAGAUGUCAUUGAUAAGAACACCAUCUUCUCCUCUGUGUCUCCUCUUACACCGCCGGCACCGCCACCGCCGUCCCCUCCAAAAUCUCAAACACUUCCCGAUCGAAAAACCCCGGCAACCUCCUCUCCCUCCUCGCAUCAUUCCUCAUCGCCCAAAACGACUCCUUCCCCGCUCUCUCCCACUCCUUAAUCUUCUUAUGAUCGCCGGCGAGAUUACUCCACCUCUUCCGGCACUGCACCGGUCCCCGGUCCACCCCAUGCCUUUUACAAUAAGCGGACACCGCCGCCCACUUCGGUUCUCCGGCCGGUCCUCCGGCGCGCCCUGGCCCUCGACAUCUC